CAGAUCUACUGGAUAAUUCGAGAGAAUUUCAGUCACCAACGUCAUAACAAUGAGCUCUUUACUGAAAGUUAUGUUGAUGUCAUUUUUGAUAUCUUCGUCCCUUGCUUAUUUGGAUAUAAAGGAUUUUGGAGAACCAAUGAGAAAGGCAGCUGAAGAAUGUCACGAUAUUUGUACAGACGUGACUGGAACGACAGACGAGCAGGUUCAACAGAUUAGAGAGGGAAACUUCAUAGAUGAUGAGAAGAUGAAGAGAUACAUACUGUGCCUUUGGAGGGUUGCCGGAUACAUGGACAGAAACUUGAAAAUUAACGUGGCAAAAGUGAGACAGGUCUUACCACAGGAGUUGAUAGAUUCUGGUUGUCACAGUGCAGCGGUGAAAUGUUUGAAUGAAGCUAGAAAUUCAGGUCUCAAGGAGAACUAUGAGAAGAUCUAUGAACUGGAGAAAUGUUUGUACAAAAUUGAUCCACAGAAAUUCGUCAUGUUUUGAGUAGCCUAAACCGACGCAGAUGUGGAAAGUAAGUGAAUGUAUUAGUGAUACAUGGAGAAUAAAGAACAUCAAUUCAAA